AAAUAAAACUAGAUAUUAGGACGUGUAUAGGAAGGAAUGGUAAAACGGCUUGCCAAAAUACGCCACAACAGGUAAUUUCUUCUGAAUUCAUGCAGAUCUGUCCCCGCUUGCCUCGCUGUGACACCGCUUGCGACCAAUCAGAGCACUCCGACCGCAUUUCAUCGUAAACGUGCGCCAAUAGCGUGAGAGCGGGGCGUGGUUUCUCUCGCGACGCUACGCGAUGCAUGGAGUUUAUUCAGAGUGCCAGCUGCACAGGUAGAAUGAUGCACGUUUUCGCUGAUGCGCAUGGGAGAUUUUUCUGCAGCGCGCUUUAACUUGCUUCACUUUCUCAUCUUGCCACGGACUGUGCCGAACGUGUAGUAGUAAUUCUGGCUUACAUCACAAAUGGCUCGGAGUAUAACAGAGCAGCGGCAACGUAGAGCGUUUCAUGUGCACUUGUUUCUCUUUAUACUGACUUUGUGUCUCGAUGCAUCAUCUGCAUUGGGAUUUGAGAGUGUGGGAUUAACAUACGGUUUAAGAUCUGAACUUUCAGAGGAUGCUAUUCUUGUUGCCAAUAAUGGAGUGCGGGUUCCUUUCGGCAGAUCUGUUUAUAUUGAUCCAAUCAAUGACCUGGUUAUCCAAGUUCAGCCCGGCGACAAGUGCACCAUAACAGUUCUGGAUAAUGACCCGCUGUCACAGAGACCUGGACAGCUGUCCCCGAAAAAGUUUCCUUGUGAAUUUGGUCCCAGUGAUGUAAAAUACUCGCAUUUCGGAUCCAGGAGCCCUUCAAAAGACAGAGUAAGACUUCAGGUCAGAUAUGAUACUAAGACUGAUACAGUCAUCAUUCCCUUUAUGAUGGAAGUUGAGGUGAUUUUCACUCAGCUUGAGAUUCUUACCAAACACAUGCCUGUAACUGUAGAGAAACUGCUUGGAAUGAGUAAUCCUAUUGAUAAGAAAAUCCUGGAGUUUACUUAUGAUAGAAAUGCUCAUUUGUGUAAAGUAACAUAUCUGGCCAGUGGCAGCUCAUUACCCAGGUAUGGAAAGCUGAUUGAUAAUGGAAAAUUGGGGAAACCUGUGGACUGUGAAGAAUUUGUCAGGAUGGACAUUCGCUAUCAGCAUACUUUUACACAUCGUUCUCCAAACCGUGAUUAUUUUCCCAUGUAUUUAGAGUUAGAAGAUAAAGAAGCAAAUGUACUGAAGCAAGAGUUUUUCCAAAUCGUGGUGAUUAUAAAGGAAGGUGAGGAAAACACGGCUCCUAAACCGAGUUUUGUAGCAAUGAUGAUGAUGGAAGUGGACCAGUUUGUAAUGACUGCUAUAACCCAUGAUAUGCUUGCCGCUGAGGAUGUGGAAUCUAAUCCUGAUGAUUUAAUCUUCAACAUCACUUCCCCGCUGUCCUUUGAGGAGGGCUACAUUGUGAGCACGGAUGACAGGAAUUUGCCCAUCACAUCUUUUUAUCAAGCAGACCUGAAAGAUCUUAAAAUAGUUUACAAGCCUCCCUCUGUGGAUUCAGAUGUGGAGAGAAUUUUCCAAAUUGAGUUUGAAGUUGUAGAUACCGAGGGGGCUUUAUCAGACCCUUUUGCAUUUAUGAUAGUAGUUAAGCCCAUGAACACUCUAGCUCCGGUUGUGACCCGUAACACUGGCCAACUGCUUUAUGAGGGUCAAUCGAGGGCACUGUCCAUCUCACAAAACCUACAAAUUAGUGACGAGGACAACUUAGACCACGUCCAAAUCACAGCUAUUAAUGGCCUUCGCAAUGGAGAGCUCACAGUUCUGGGUUCAAGACGAAAAUUCUUCACCCCAGCAGAUCUUGAUGUCGGGAGCGUCAUCUACCAGCAUGAUGGCAGCGAUACAUACAGCGAUAAUAUAAUUUUCAGAAUGACAGAUGGAAAAACUGAAGUUGAGUUUCUAUUUCCCAUAACUGUGGUGCCAACUGAUGAUGAACCUCCCAUAAUCAAUGCCAACACAGGCUUAAUUGUGUUUAAAAACCAAAUGAUGGCCAUUUCUUCUUUAAUGCUUAGUGCAGCAGAUAUAGACUCUGAGGAUUCAACUAUUAAAUUCAUCAUGGUGCCUCCAUACUCUACAAUAGGAGAAGUGAUACUUCGUCAAUCAGAUGCACCGGAGGAUCCAUCCACAUGGAGAUUCAAUGCCCAAGAUGAGAUGUAUGAGAAAGUAGUGACAGAAUGGUUCCAUUACGACAUUACAGAAGGCAAGCUGUUUUACAGGCAUAUCGGACCACAUAAUACAAAGACCAUCAUGGACCAGUUUGUUUUCCAUGUACAAGAUGACAAUGACCCACCGAACCAAUCAGGUGAGAACUCUUUCAUCAUCAAAGUUCUCCCCAUUGAUGAUAUACCCCCAGAGCUGUAUCCCGGUACCACUCUGAAAGUGACCGUUCAUGAGUACCAGCUCACCUAUUUUCGAAAGAAGUUCUUGUGCUACACAGACUUGGACUCAGAAGACAGAGAUUUAAAAUACACAAUUACCAAGCCACCCACUGACACAGAUGAGAACAGCCCUGGCAUUCUAGGAAGCAUCGUUUUAACUGAGAGUCCAAAUUCAGAAGUCACAGAGUUCACUCAGGCACAGAUAAAUCAUCACAAGAUAGCCUACAAACCUCCUGAUCUAGAGCUCGGAAUAACCCCGCAUGCGGUGCAAUUCCAUUACAAAGUGGAGGACACGGCAGGAAACAGCGCUAAUGGAGUUUUCACCAUAUUAUUACAGCCUGUUGACAACAAGCCUCCCCAGAUCACCAACACAGGCUUUACCGUGCAAGAACGAGGGGUGCACGUCAUCACACGGGCCGAACUGGACACCACAGAUGCCGACACGGACAGCUCACAGAUUCUGUUUACAAUCACCCAGCUUCCAAAGCACGGCCAGUUUAAGUACACAUUCACUGAUAUGACUAAAGGGAAUUCAUUUAAUUUGGAUGAUUUAUCUUUUGGCAGAAUAUCUUACAUUCAUAAUGGUGAUGAGCCAACCAGUGAUUUCUUCCAGUUGGAUGUCAGUGACGGUGUCCACGUUGUCACAAUCACUGUCAGGAUCAAUGUGAAGCCUAUUGAUGAUGAAGCACCAACCAUCAGCCUUCCAGAGGGCACUAUUGGCUCUUACAUAGAUGUUUUGGAGAAUGGAGUGACUGAGAUCACCACCAAUGUCAUUCAGGGUAGAGACGAGGACACUGAUGACCUCAGGCUAACCUUUAUCGUAGAGGACUCCCCAGUGUUUGGUGAAGUAUUAGUAAAUGGUGUGCCCUCCAAUAGGUUCACUCAAGCAGACAUCAUAAGUGGCUUGGUAGUAUAUGCACAUAAGAGUGGAGAAAUUGGCUUGACAACAAAACAAGACUUCUUUAAUCUUACUCUUACUGAUAUGUCUGAUGAAUGGACAGUUGGGGGAAAUAAAAUCAAAGGUGUUCGUGUACAAGUCACUAUUCUGCCGUUGGAUAGUCAGGCCCCUGAGGUUUUUGUGGGCCCCCAAUUCAUUGUCAUGGAGGGUGAGAAAAACGUUAUUGAAAUCUCACAUAUUAGUGCUAAUGACAUCGACACCCCUAAUGAUGACCUUCUUUGCACAAUUAUUGUACAGCCCACCUCAGGAUACGUAGAAAACAUCUCCCCUGCUCCAGGCUCUGAAAAAUCCAGAUCAGGGAUUGCUAUUAGCGCUUUCACCAUUAAAGACAUUUGGGAAAAACACAUUUAUUAUGUGCAAAGUAUUCAUAAAGGUGUCGAGCCAGUUCAGGACAGGUUUACUUUCAGGUGUUCAGAUGGGAUAAACUUUUCAGAGAGACACUUUUUCCCAAUCGUGAUAAUCCCAUCCAAUGACGAAAAGCCAGAGAUUCAUAUGAGAGAGUUUGUUGUAAUGGAGGGCAUGAACAUUGUGAUUGACACUCCAAUAUUAAACGGCGCCGAUGCUGAUGUUCCAGCGGAUGAGCUCACGUUUAUUAUUUCAAAACCUCCGAAACAUGGAUAUAUCCUCAAUCAGUUAAUCUCAGCCACUAUACCUAUCACAAACUUCACACUCGAUCAGAUACAAGAGGCUUCAAGUAUUGUCUAUGAGCAUGAUGAUUCAGAAACCACAGAGGAUAAUUUGGAUGUUCUACUUACUGAUGGCAAAUUCACAGUGGAGAAAACCGUCAUGAUUAUGGUCAUUUUGGCUGACGAUGAAACCCCAAGGAUGGCAAUUAAGGAUGGCCUUGAAAUAGAAGUAGGAGAGGUGAAAAUAAUCAGCAAUCAAGUUUUAAAAGCCACUGAUCUGGAUACAGAAGACAGCAUUCUGACCUACAUCAUCCGUUAUGGACCAAAUCAAGGUUUUUUUUUAAAGCGAACACCGUUUGGAGCUCUAGAAAACAUAACUGUUGGAAUGAACUUCACACAAAAUGAGGUUGACCAAGAUAUGAUUGUGUACAUUCACAAUGGACAAGAGGGAGUUCGUGACCUUAUUAAAUUUGAUGUUACUGAUGGCAUUAACCCUUUGAUUGACAGAUACUUCUAUGUAACUGUUGGUGGAAUAGACAUGGUGUUCCCUGAUGUGAUCAGCAAAGGCGUUUCUCUGAAAGAAGGAGGAAGGGUGACUCUAACCACAGACCUGCUCAGCACUAGUGAUCAUAACAGCUCCGAUUAUGACAUCGAUGAUAUGCAUAUAUGCUACGUGCUUCGAGAUGGAGACAAUGCCACAAGCGACACAUUCCACUUUUCCAUCGAAGACAGUGGGGGCAACAAGCUGAAAAACCAACUUUUCCGGCUAAACUGGGCUUGGAUCUCCCUGGAGAAAGAGUACUACCGGGUGGAUGAGGAGACCAAGUUUCUGGAGGUGGUCUUGAGACGCAGAGGUUACCUUGGCGAGACCUCAUUUGUUAGUAUUGGUACCAAAGAUGGUACGGCUGAAAAGGACAAAGAUUUCAGAGGGAAAGCACAGAAACAAGUCCAGUUUAACCCGGGUCAGACCACUGCUACCUGGAAAGUGCGCAUCUUGUCGGACAGCCUGUAUGAGCAGUCCGAGACCUUCCAGAUUGUCCUCUCAGAGCCUGUCAUGGGAGCACUGGAGUUCCCAGAGGCAGCAACUGUGGAAAUUGUUGACCCCAGAGAUGAAUCCACAGUGUUCAUCCCCUUGUCUACAUAUUCGAUUGAGGAAGAUAUUGGAGAACUUCUGAUUCCUGUGUGGAGAUCUGGAGAUGUCAGUCAAGAGCUCAUGGUCGUCUGCUUCACACAACAAGGUACAGCCAAGGGCACACGUCCCACCACGUUGCUUUCUUAUUCUGACUACAUUUCUCGACCUGAGGAACACCACAGCAUGCUGCAUUUCAAUAAAGGGGAGACGGAGAAGCAUUGUCGUGUGGUUGUCAUUGAUGAUUCACUCUACGAGCCAGAGGAAAUUUUUAAUGUCACCCUCAGCAUGCCCAUGGGCGGCCGUCUGGGUCAGGAGUUCCCCACCACCAGAGUCACCAUCCUGUCUGAUGCGGAUGAUGCACCAGUGUUUUACUUCGGAGAAACUGAGUACCAUGUGGAUGAGAGUGAUGGUUAUGUGGAAGUCCGGGUUUGGAGAACAGGAAGUGACCUUUCCAAAACCGGAACUGUCACAGUACGGUCUCGAAAAACUGAGCCUGUUUCUGCCGAAGCUGGUGUGGACUAUGUUGGGAUCAGUAAGAAGCUAGACUUUUCCCCGGGCGUCAGCAUGCAGACGUUCAAGGUUACAAUCCUGGAUGACCUGGGACAGCCGGUGCUGGAGGGGCCAGAGAAGUUUGAGCUGGUUCUCCGUAUGCCCAUGAACGGCAUAUUGGGUGAACCAGGAAAAGCUACAAUCUACAUCAACGACUCCAUCUCAGAUUUGCCCAAGGUGCAAUUCCGAGAUCCUAUGUAUACUGGUAAUGAGAAUGAUGGACAGAUAUCUGCUCUUGUGUACCGGAGUGGAGACCUGAGCUACAAAUCCAGUGUGCGGUGUUACAGCCGUCAAGGCUCGGCGCAAGUCAUGUUGGACUUCAAUGAGAGGCCAAACACAGACGUCUCCACCAUUGUCUUUUUACCAGGAGAGGGGGAGAAGCCUUGUGUCCUCAUCCUCGUGGAUGACACCGAACAUGAGGAAGACGAGGAGCUGAGAUUGGUGCUGGGAAGCCCCAAGAGUGAGUCUCCAUUUGGGGCCUCAAUAGGGGCUCAGAAUGAGACACUCAUCAAGAUAAAGGAUGAUGCUGACAGUAAGACAUUUAGGUUUGGACCAACCAAGUUCAGUGUCAGUGAACCCAGAGAAUCAAGGCAAAUCUCAGUGGUGAGGAUCCCGGUCCAGAGGACAGGAGACACAUCUAAAGUGUCUGUGGUGCGGGUCCACACAAAGGAUGGCUCUGCUUCCUCUGGAGAAGAUUACCAUCCCAUCUCUGAAGAUGUCGAGUUUAAAGAAGGAGAGACUGAGCACAUUGUGGAAGUGGAAAUUCUGUACGAUGGUGUGCGAGAGAUGAGAGAGGCGUUCACUGUCCACCUCAAACCUGAUGAGAAUAUGGUAGCAGAGAUUCAGGUAACCAAAGCCAUCAUUUACAUUGAAGAGAGGAACAGCAUGGCCGAUGUGACCUUUCCCGCCGUGCCAGUAGUGGUGUCUCUGUUGCAGUACGAUGAUACAAGCAGCACUAGAGAAACUCAGCCAGUCGCAGGAUAUCCUGUAGUCUGUGUCACGUCAUGCAACCCCAAGUAUCCUGACUUUGACCGGACGGGCUCCAUCUGUGUUGCUGAGCACAUCAAUAACACCCUGACCCGCUACCGCUGGCUGGUCAGCGCCCCGACAGGAUCUGACGGGGUGACCAGCCCCAUGAAGGAAGUGGAUUUUGACACCUUCUUCACUUCCUCCAAAACGAUCACAUUAGACUCAGUGUAUUUCCAGGCAGGCUCGCGUGUGCAGUGUGCAGCCCGGGCUGUCAACUCUAAUGGGGAUGAAGGCCUGGAGCUCACCAGCCCCAUAGUCUCCAUCAGCCAGGAAGAGGGAAUGUGUCAGCCUCGUGUUGUUGGCACAGUUGGAGCUGAGCCUUUCUCUGCCAGGCUGCGCUACACUGGAGCAGAAGAUCCAGACCACCCAAACCUCAUUAAACUGACUGUUACCAUGCCACAUAUUGACGGAAUGUUACCUGUAGUGUCCACUCGGGCACUCUCAAACUUUGAGCUGACCCUGAGUCCAGAUGGCACACGUGUAGGAAACCAUCGCUGCUCUAACCUGCUGGACUACACAGAGGUGCGGACACGCUACAGCUUCAUCACAGACACCACCCGCAAUCCAGAUGCCAUCGGUGGGACGCCACCCUACCAGUACAGCACGGCCCUCAGGGGCCAAAACACCCUACGAUUCUACCGAAACCUGCACCUGGAGGCAUGCUUGUGGGAGUUUGUAAGCUACUAUGACAUGUCUGAACUGCUCAGUGAUUGUGGAGGGACCAUUGGGACGGAUGGACAGGUGCUGAACCUGGUGCAGUCUUACGUGACCCUGCGUGUGCCCUUGCACGAGUCAUAUGUCUUCCACUCACCCGUCGGUGCUGGUGGUUGGCAGCACUUUGACCUGCAGUCUGAGCUUCAUCUCACUUUUGUUUACGAUACUGCAAUCUUGUGGAGAGAUGGCAUUGUUAGUCCACCGGAGGCUGAAUUACAAGGUGCCCUCUAUCCUAAAAGCAUGCGCAUUAACGAACAAGGCCGUUUGGUCGUCAACUUCCAUACAGAAGCACGAUUUCGGGGACUCUUUGUCACUGCACAUUCAGCCUCCCCCAUGACUUCCAUGGUCAUCGGUGCGGACCAUCCCGGGCUGACCUUUAACCUUAGCUUGGUGAGAAGUGAGCCGACAUACAACCAGCCAAUGCAGCAGUGGACCUUCAUCUCUGACUUUGCUGUGCGGGAUUACUCAGGAAUGUACAAGAUUAAACUGGUCCCCUGCACGGCUUCUCCCGGUACUGAGUACAGCUUCCGUCCUGUGUGCCACCCCAGAGAGCCAAUUACCUUUGAUCUGGACAUAUGCUUCCAACAGGUGAGUGAUCCAGUGUCCACAGAGUUCAGUCUUAACACACAGAUGCUCCUGCUUUCAAAGAAAACUCUCUGGUUGUCAGACGGCUCCAUGGGCUUUGGUCAGGAGAGUGAUACAGCUUUCUCUGAGGGAGAUGUUAUCUAUGGCCGUGUUAUGGUGGAUCCUGUUCAGAAUCUUGGAGACUCAUUCAUCUGUAACAUUGAGAAGGUGUUCCUGUGCACAGGGGCAGAUGGAUACAUCCCAAAAUACAACCCUGACAACUUUGAGUAUGGCUGCACUCAGGAUCAUUAGACAUUAUUAUGUCAUUAUGUCAUUAUUAUGUCAUCUCCUGCUUUUCAGGACAGAGCUCAGCCAGAAACUCAGGCGAGAACAUUUGGCAGCAUUGGUUUCAAUGCUUUCCACGCUGUAGAUGAUCCUCAGGCACUGCCGCUUGUGAGGCAGCCGGGCUGUGAUGGCUUUAGGCUGGACUCCACAGCUUUGUUUCAGGUGUCGGCAGGCAGGGAGUGGUACAUUCACACCAUCUACACCAUCCAGUGCAGAGACAACGCUAACCGAGGCAUCAGGAAAAGGAGCCUUGAAUAUCAUUCUGUGACACAUGGUCACUCGAUUUCCAAAAGGUCAAAUAACCGCGUUCCAGAUUUGGCUCAGGAUAUUGACAUAGAAAAUAACCGCGGCACAAAUAUGUUACACAUAGCACUAGACCGCAGUGCUCAGAAACAUUCCAACCUUCACGAGGAAUCCGAGUCAGAGGGGAUCGUUCCUAGAGAACUGAAUCAAAGGGACUCCUGUGACGAUCAGCUUGUCGUGAUCAUAGGAAUCUUGGUAGGUCUUCUCUUCACCAUCCUCCUCGUCAUUCUGGUGGCACGAUCUAGACGGGACAAGAAUGUCACCGAGUCCCCGAAAGGCUCCAGCAGCACAGAGCCCAUGAUGACACAAGGCCUCCAUAGCAACAACAACUCAGAGGUUUGAUUUCCCAACAGUGGAUGAUUUUAUUUAAAUCCCUGUUUAGUUGCAAGUGCCUCUUGUUCAUUUGCUCGGGCAUGCAGACACAUACAGUAUUGACUUCGAGAUUGGCUCUACCUCUCCUCUGGAUUUUGUCGGUCCGAGAGUGUACUUGAAUUUCAGAAGCACUUCUGUCAUCACUGCUUUAAUGACUGUGAUGUGAAUCUUUUGCAGAGAGAAUCAGUUGUACUACUGUUACUACUGCUUGAUGGCAUUGAUAUCCAUCCAAAGUUUUACUUUAUAUCCAAAGGUGCUAGAUGAAAGAACGGUA